AUGGGCGUUAUUUUAGAGAAUGGAUUGAAUGAAGGUGUGGGUAUUUGGGGAGCUCCAACAUCCACCUUAGAUUGGUGUGAAGAAAAUUAUAUCGUCUGCAAAUAUAUGGCUGAAUUUUGGAAUACCAUUAGCAAUAUCUUUACCAUCGUUUUACCCAUGAUGGGUUACGCUAUGGAUUGGUCGUCACCGUUAGAAGUACACUUUCGUUUGCAAUAUGUCGCUUUAAUCGUUGUUGGCAUUGGUUCUUGGUGUUUCCAUGGUACACUCUUGUAUCAAUUGCAAUUAUUAGAUGAAUUACCCAUGAUUUAUGGCUCUGCAAUCAUGUUAUAUGCCCUAUUUCAAGUGCCAUCACAACCUAAAAAGCAUAACAUUCUAUCCUCGCUAUUUUUAACCACCUAUUCAGCUUGGACGACAUACAUUUAUUUAACUGGGAAAAAUCCAAACUUUUUCUUUGUCUGUUAUGGAUUUUUGGUCUUUUUAAUUAUUGUUCAAACGGCCCUCAUCAAUUCUAGAAUGCAUCAUCUCAAUGCGGACGAUAGCUUAUUUCGAGCGGCUAUAUUCCUCUUUUUGUCUGGCUUUGCUCUAUGGUUAAUUGAUUUUCAUUUUUGCCCUGUCUUGAGGGCUAUCCGAGCUCGAUUACCCUAUCCAAUCAGUGAGAUUUUUCAAUUACAUGCAUGGUGGCAUCUUGGAUCAGGUAUUGGUACCUAUCUUUAUAUUCUACACACAAAUCGUCUUCGAUUACUCUAUCUUGGCUAUGAUAGUCAUCUAACUUACAAGUUUGCUCUGCCGUAUAUACAGCAUUCUCGGUCAAAACAAGAUCACAAACAUCAAUAG